AUGCCUCCAGCGAAAAACCAAGAUUUCGUCCCUAACGAGGACCUGCGUUAUUUUAUUGCCGCCACCACAGCCAAUCUACGGAACCAGCUUCGGGAAGCCGACCUGAAUACGGCUGGUCUGAAGUAUGAUCUUUACCAGCGGCUAAUUAUCAACGGGCACCGGCUCUAUAAUGAUGAUAGAGAAGAUGAUUCUUCUGAGGAUGACAAUUCUGAGGACGACGAUUCGGAUCACGACGACGCUGAAACAGACGAUGAUGGGCCCAAUAACCCUCCCUCUGGUAAUCAAAGGGGCAGAAAACGCACCAGAGACGAUGAUGGAGAUGACAUAGACCAGCUACCUGCUAGAAGAUCCAGGGGGUUGACUGAGAUGCCAGUGGAAUUGAAUGUGAACAUCAUCGACAACCUCGACGCUGGAGGGGUUUUUAACUUGGUAUCAGCGGCCCCGCGGGAGUUCUUGUUGGGCGGCACCGACGCAUUUUUACUUGAAGCUCGAAACCAAAGAAAUAAUGGUAUUAAUACCCGCGUGUCUCUUCUGGAAUGGGUCUCACAGCGAGCUGCGAACGAGGUGGAGUUCCGAACCAGCAACCGAGACCUCAUCCAGCGUGUGGUGAGAGCUUACGUGGAAACAUAUCCAAACCAAGGUUCCUUGCCAGAGGGACGCGUGGAAAAUAUCGUGGGGUUGUUGCGUGAAGUCGGCGUCAAUCCAGUCCUGGGGCAGGCCGUCCGCCAGGGCCAGUUGGAAGUAGUACACCUGCUCAUCCUGAUGGGUGAAGACGUCAAUCAGAGGGUGGACAACGUUCAGCCUCUGGAACUGGCGGCAACUUUGGAAACUGCACACAUCCCCAACAUGAAAACGCUGCAAAUUAUCUUCGCCUUGAUCGCAGGCGGUGCCGACACAACCAACAAUCGGCUAGACUAUACUGCAGCGCAGGCUGGCACUGCUUUCCCCUUCGUGGGUGUGGCCGAAGCUGCUAUGGAUGCGCUUACCCUGCUUUUUGGGUGGGAUCAGCUCAAUGUGGAGCUCGGCCCAGCGAAUUGGCCUCCUAUUAUGAACCCCCGGGGCCUCACCAUUCGCCAAUUCCUGGCAGACGAAAGGUCGCCUUUUGAUGAUAGGUCGAUCUUGGCCCUGAUUCUGAUCAUGACGCGAGGCACGACCUAUCCCAAUUUUCGAUCAUAUUAA